AUGACGUGGCUAGAGGGUGGGGUUAUAUUUGUACCAAUGGGGCAGUUUUCACAGAUGCUAUGUGAAUAUCACACCAUGGGCAACACUCAAUAUCCCGCUACUCAAUUGUCUUCUAGAAUGAAGUACAUGAAAUAAGAGAUGACCAGAAAUCACCUCCAGUUUGUGUGUUUUGAAGCAACAGACCUCCAUGGCAUGUCCAGGUCUAAGCGUAUUCCCUCCGUUUUUUUCCAAGAAAAAGUGAUGCAUAGAGUUUACAUGCCUAAAGGUUAUCCUGAGUUGAUACCGAAUCCUAAUGACAAUGAAGUCAUUCACAUAAGAGCAACUUGUGAUAGUGACAUAUUCUUGAUGUCAGAUCUUUAGAGUUUGUAAUGGGCUGAGAGAAAUGCAAGAAUGAUAUGGGAUACAUUCACUGUGACUGAUGAUACUCUAUUGACUUUUCCAAAGUACACAAAGAGGCAGCUGAGCCAGUUAUAGGAUUCUGGCUUUCCCCUGCUCUCUGACUACAUGUAUGAUUUUUGUAUUUUUGGUGUGCCUGAAAUGAUCAAUUCAAAUACUAUAUCUUUUUCCGCUUCACCAUUGUUAAAUAAUCAUGACUAAUGCUUGAUACAGGAACUCAUUGAUGGCUUGUAUCAGACUGGAGUCAAUGUUGAGAGCUUUUUUUUUUCUAUUAAACCUGGUCAUAUGCAAAUCUGUUUUCUGCCAGAAUUUGGCAUCAGCGCAGCUGAUAAUGCAUUUACUCUAAGAACAGGUGUUAAAGAAGUGGCAAGGAAGUAUAAUUACAUUGCCAGCUUUUUCACUGAAACUGAAUUGUGCAAUUCAGGAAUUUUGUCUCAUAGUCUCUGUGAUGUCAAUGAGAAGCAAAAAUCUGGAGUUGAAGAGCUCACAGUUGUUGGGAAAAAAUGGUUGGCAGGAUUUUUGAAACAUUCUGCAGCUCUCAGCUGCCGGAUGGCAUCUGCUGGUAGCUGCAGACAACGUUAUUCCAAGGGGAGAGAAGCCCUGAAGGAAAGUGCUACAACAUGGGGAUACAAUGAUAACAGCUGUGCUUUUAAUGUGAAGUGUCCUGGUGAGAAAGGCACCCAGAUAGAAAAGAAACUAGACUCCCAGAAAUAAACCAAGCUCCACAAUGCCCUGGAGCUUUACCUGGUGCUGACUGUGACUAUUACUUCAGGCUUGGAUAGACUUCAAAGCAGCCAUAGUGUCUUGGCUGGUCCAGAUGACAGCAUAGACCUUCAUCAGUCAAAACCCUCUGAGAUCCCUUUGAAACUGCAAGAUGCCCUUGUGGCACAGGAGGAAGAUCAGUGUCUGACACAGGCUUUAGGAGAAACCUUUAUAUAAUAUUUUGUUGUCAUGAAAAACUAUGAGUUGGAAAAUGAAGAAACUGAUGUUGAGAGAAAUAAAUUCUUAGAAUAAUUUAUUUAG